CGGCUCUGCUGCUGGAAAUGCUGUUCUGUUUUGCCCUAUCCUUCAUCGCGACUUUAGCCUGGGGAGGUAAUUAGCAGCCGAAGAUGCCCUCGACUCAUCUAGGGUUUCCCCUGAAGACAUUCCUCAACCUUCAGUGCCUUAAAAUACGAGGUGUCACAGGCGGCCCUUCCCUUCGCUUUGGUGAUUCGGGGAUUUGUCUAUGAGACCUGACAGUGUUGUCUAAAUAGGGCAAAAUCUACUACUUAACAUGAAGAAAAGCAGAGGUCGGACAGGUCGAAAAAGACGACGAAAACACCUGCAGAGCUUUAUGGAUGGAGUCAACUGCAGUCACAAGCUGGAAUACAUUCAGCUUAAGAAAUGGUUGAAAGACAGAGGAUUUGAAGACAGAAAUUUAAGGCCAGCAGAGUUUUUAGAAACAGGAAGAGGACUAAUGACAACAAAAGCUCUUCAGGCAGGAGAUCUGAUCAUUUCAUUGCCUGAGAAAUGCUUACUCACCACGGGCACCGUCCUUAGCAGUUGCUUGGGAGAAUACAUUAUGAAGUGGAAGCCUCCUGUGUCUCCUUUGAUAGCAUUGUGCACAUUUUUAAUAGCAGAGAAAUAUGCUGGUGAGGAAUCUCGGUGGAAACCAUAUCUUGAUGUUUUACCCAAGACGUACACUUGCCCUGUUUGUUUGGAGCAUGACGUAGUAAGCCUUCUUCCUGAACCUUUAAGAAAGAAGGCUCAGGAGCAGAGAACAGUGGUUCAUGAGUUGUACAUGUCUUGCAAGGCUUUUUUUUCUUCCCUACAGCCUUUGUUUGCUGAGAACACAGAAACUAUUUUUAACUACAGUGCUCUAGAGUGGGCUUGGUGCACUGUUAAUACCAGGACAAUAUACAUGAAACAUUCACAGAGAGAAUGUUUUUCUCUGGAGCCAGAUAUUUAUGCACUGGCACCAUAUUUAGAUUUGCUAAACCACUGUCCAAAUGUUCAGGUAAAGGCUGCAUUUAAUGACCAGACAAGAAGCUAUGAAAUUCAGACAAAUUCACAAUGCAAAAGUUAUGAAGAAGUGUUCAUCUGCUAUGGGCCUCAUGAUAAUCAGCGACUGCUACUAGAAUAUGGAUUUGUUGCCAUGGAUAAUCCUCACAGCUGUGUUUAUGUCUUAUCAGAUAUUCUCCUCAAACAUUUUCCACCACUGGACAAGCAGAGAAAUGCAAAACUUUCCAUUUUAAAGGAUCAUGAUUUCUUAGAAAACCUGACCUUUGGAUGGGAUGGACCAUCUUGGAGGCUCAUCACAGCCCUGAAAUUGUUAAGUCUUGGAGCAGAUGAAUUUACUUGCUGGAGAAGAGUGCUGCUUGGUGAUGUAAUUUCAGCCAGAAAUGAACAGCAGGCUUUGAAUAUAGCAGCAAAAAUAUGCCAUUAUUUAAUAGAGGAAACACAGGACGCCCUUCUUCAGAUUUCCCAGUUGAAAAGAAAGGAGAACCUCAGGGAACACCUGGCUUUGGUAGAAGCACUACGCUUGGAGGAUCUGAAGAUACUACAAAAAUCAGCUGAGACUUGCAACUUGAAUAUGGCAGCAACUUCAGCUAUAUGGAGUUAUGAUAGCUAUGGCUGA